AUGGAAGAGAGUGAUGAACAUGAUCAGCAUAUUUCAGCAGGGAGAAAAGAAAUUCGAAAGAGAAGAAUACCCAGCCAGCCAAUGGUAGACAAAUCCCAACAGACUGAAGUAUCAGAGAAAAAGAAACCCCUGUCCAUGCCGCAAUCAUGUGACCCCAAAGCUACCCUUAAUAUUAGUAAUAUUCCUGGAGGCACAGCCAACUAUGAGUCUCUUAGAGUAUCUGCUCAGCUUCAGCAAACUUGGACAAAAAGAAAGCAUGUGCAAGAUAUGACUGAUAAAUCUCUGCAGACAGACACUGAUGCAGAAGAAAAAAAAGAAAUAGAGUCUGUUGCUACAACAGUGGUACCUGAGGAAAAGCCAGUGGCUAUUGAAGAAGCAGCUCCUGAAUUUCUAGAGAGUGUUCAUGAAGUUGAAAUUCCACCAAAGAAACACUCAGCUCAACGCCAAAUAGACAGAUCUCAGCAGACCAGUUGUACUGGAGAUUGGGCAAUGAAGUGCAUUACUCAAGUGGAAAAAGCAGACAAAGAACAGCAGACCUACUUUGAUGAAUCAGAAAUAAUGGUUAUUGGCAGACCAAGCAGUUCUUCAAAGUCCAAGGAGGAUGUGCAGAAAUGUAAAUCCUCAGGGAAGAUUUUCAUUACUGAACAGCCUGUAAUAAGUAGCAAUGAAGAAAUUAGGCAGAAGAGUAUCAAUAGAUCUUCAUUUAGUCAACAAAUGAAAACAGGUAAUUCAGUACUUUCAGAUAAGCAUGACUUUCCUGCUGAAGUACAGCCAUCCAGUGUAGAAAAGAUCCCUGCUGAAGUGCAAUCUCCACCAGCUAAGACUACUGCAGAAGAGGCCCCUGAUGAUCUUCAACCUCCACCAGCUGAGGAGGCUCCUGCAGAUGAGGCCCCUGCUAAAGUAGAGCCUACCCUUGCUGAAGAGUCUCUUUUAGAAGUGCCUCCCUCUGAAAAGACCCCUGCUGAAGUUCAGACUCUGCCAGCUGAGGAGGCACCUGAAGAAGAGGCCCCAGCUGAAGUAGAACCUACCCCUGCUGUACAGGCUCUUUCAGAAGAGCCUUCUACUUACAUUAAUCCUCCAUUGACUACAGAGACUCCUAUACCAGAUGUCACAGAAUUUCAAUCUUCACCACCUGUAGAGGCCCCUGCAGAAGAGGCUCCAGCUGAAGUUCAGUCUCCACCAGCUGAGGGGUUUCCCGCAGAAGAGGCCCCAGCUGAAGUUCAGUCUCCACCACCUGAGGGUUUCCCCCCAGAAGAGGCCCCAGCUGAAGUUCAGACUCCACCAGCUGAGGGGUUCCCCCCAGAAGAGGCCCCAGCUGAAGUUCAGUCUCCACCAGCUGAGGGGUUCCCCGCAGAAGAGGCCCCAGCUGAAGUUCAGUCUCCACCUGCUGAGGGGUUUCCCGCAGAAGAGGCUCCAGCUGAAGUUCAGUCUCCACCAGCUGAGGGGGUCCCCGCAGAAGAGGCCCCAGCUGAAGUUCAGUCUCCACCAGCUGAGGGGGUCCCUGCAGAAGAGUCCCCAGCUGAAGUUCAGCCUCCACCUGCUGAGGGGGUCCCUGCAGAAGAGGCCCCAGCUGAAGUUCAGCCUCCACCAGCUGAGGGGGUCCCUGCAGAAGAGUCCCCAGCUGAAGUUCAGUCUCCACCAGCUGAGGGUUUCCCCACAGAAGAGUCCCCAGCUGAAGUUCAGUCUCCACCAGCUGAGGGGUUCCCCCCAGAAGAGGCCCCAGCUGAAGUUCAGUCUCCACCAGCUGAGGGGAUCCCCGCAGAAGAGGCCCCAGCUGAAGUUCAGUCUCCACCAGCUGAGGGUGUCCCUGCAGAAGAGGCCCCAGCUGAAGUUCAGUCUCCACCAGCUGAGGGGGUCCCUGCAGAAGAGUCCCCAGCUGAAGUUCAGUCUCCACCAGCUGAGGGGUUCCCUGCAGAAGAGGCCCCAGCUGAAGUUCAGUCUCCACCAGCUGAGGGUGUCCCUGCAGAAGAGGCCCCAGCUGAAGUUCAGUCUCCACCUUCUGAGGGGUUCCCUGCAGAAGAGGCCCCAGCUGAAGUUCAGUCUCCACCAGCUGAGGAGGCCUCUGCAAAAGAGACUUAUGCUGAACUGCAGGUUCUACCAACUAAAGAAGCUACUUCAGAAAUGGUCCCUGUUGACAAACCUCCAUCAUCUGAAGAGGCCUCUGUCACACACAUCUCUAUAAAAGAUUCCCCUGGUGCUGCUCAGCCUUCACUAUCUGAAGAAACCCCUGCAGAUGAGGGUCUGGUAGAGAAUGUGUCUAUUGAAUAUCAUACUUCCAAGACAAUAGAUGUCCCAGUGGUAAAAUCAGAAUCAGCAACUUUAAAAGAUGAACCAAAAUCUGGAGAGUCUUUAGCACUGGAAUCUUCCUGA